AAGAAAACUUCAAUUUGCGUCACAAAGUUGACGCACUCUUCGCAAUCCAUUUUUUCCUUCUAAAUCCAACACCGAAGAAUAAUAAUAAGUCCACAAAUCCCACAAAAACCCAUGCUCUGUGUUCUUCUUUUUCUUCCUCUAUAUAAACCCACAAGAUCAAGCAAGUUGGCAAUUCGAACUACUAAAGAAAUCAAAUUUUCAAUUAAGCUCUGAACCAGUGGCUGAAUUUGAAAAAACAAAAGAGGCCAAGAAAAGAAGAGAAAAAUGGAGUUGAAUUUGAGUGUUUCUGAAGGGUUGAUAACAAUUGGAGUAAUCUGUUUUGUGGGAUUUUUGUUUCGGCUGUACGAUUCACUGGUGGCGAAACCCAAUAGGCUUAGAUCCGCACUGAGAAAGCAAGGAGUGAGUGGACCCAAGCCCAGUUUGCUUCUGGGCAACAUUUUGCAGAUCAAACAGAGCAGAGAUGAAGCCGUCGCCGCCGCCAAAGGUUCUUCAUUGUUCUCCGACGGCGCCGCCCCUGUUUCCCAUGAUUGCGGGUCGCUUCUCCUUCCGUUCCUCGAGAAAUGGAGGAAACAAUUCGGUGAAGUGUUUAUGUUUUCACUUGGGAACACACAGAUUUUGUCAGUAACACAACCUGAUAUGGUGAAGGAGAUAACCACAUGCACUUCUUUGGAUUUGGGGAAACCAACAUAUCAAGCUAAGGAAAGAGGGUCUUUGCUGGGACAGGGAAUUCUGACUUCAAAUGGUGCUGUUUGGGCUCAUCAGAGGAAGAUCCUUGCUCCUGAAUUGUACAUGGAGAAAGUCAAGGGGAUGAUUACUCUAGUUCAAGAGUCCACAAUGACAAUGAUAAACACAUGGAAGAAUAUAAUUGAUGAGGCCGGUGUGAGUGGAGUUGCGGACAUUGAAAUUGACCCGCAAAUGCGAAGCUUUUCCGGUGAUGUGAUCUCAAGAGCAUGCUUUGGUAGUAGCUAUGCCAAAGGGGAGGAGAUCUUCUUGAAGCUUAGAGCCCUCCAAGAAGCUUCUUCAAGGAGAGUUCUCGCAACCGGCAUCCCUGGAAUGAGGCAUCUUCCAACACAGAAUAACAGGGAGACAUGGGCGUUAGAGAAGGAGGUGAAGAAUCUGAUUUUACAAGUAGUGAAGGAGAGGACUAGUCAAGCCGGUGGAUGUGAAAAAGAUUUGUUACAAAUGGUCAUUGAAGGAGCCAAAAAGAGUGACUUCAGCAAGGAUGAAAUGGACCGGUUCAUCGUGGACAAUUGCAAGAACAUUUAUUUGGCUGGCUACGAAACAACCGCUGUUUCUGCCGCCUGGUGUCUUAUGCUCUUGGCUGCCAAUCCUGAGUGGCAAGAACGGAUCAGAUCCGAGGUUGUUGAUAUUUGCAAGGGCCAAAUCCCCGAUUCUGACAUGAUCCGUAAAAUGAAACAGGUACUUUUUUUUUUUUACAUAUUCAAAACUUAUAGAUAGUAGAAAAGAUACAUUUUAUUACGUCUUCAGAAAAUAUAAUACAAAAGUGUGACGAAAGAUAUUUACUGAUUAUUCAACGUAUGACUCUAAACAUUUGACUUAAUGAUUUCCAUUUUUUUCAGCUAACAAUGGCAAUCAACGAAUCACUACGACUCUACCCUCCGGUAUCCAUCAUAUCAAGGGAAGCUUUAAAAGACCUGAAAUUUGGUGACAUAAAAAUACCCAAGGGAGUUAACAUUUGGACAACGGUAACAUCGUUGCACACUGAUCCUGAAAACUGGGGGCCGGAUUCUUACAAGUUUAAUCCGGAGAGGUUUGCCAAUGGGAUCACCGGAGCUUGCAAGAUACCGCAUUUGUACAUGCCGUUUGGCGUCGGCCCGAGGGUUUGCCUUGGCCAGAAUCUCGCCAUGGCUGAGCUCAAGAUCUUGAUUUCUCUGAUUUUGGCUAACUUCUCAUUGUCCAUUUCUCCCAAGUACAAGCACUCUCCCGCGUUGAAUUUGGUUAUUGAACCAGGGAAUGGACUCAAUUUGCUCGUCAAGAAGUUGUAAACGUACUACAAACUAUAAGAUUUCUUUCUUUUUUUUAAAGAUGUAUUUCUUUUCGAAUUUGUUACAUAUAAAAUUGAUUGUGUAAAAUCAAUAAAACAAUGAGUAAAUGAUAAAAGUCGAUAUGUCAUUAGCUUUGUCCAAAUUCUUUUUGCAAAUAAAAUUUUGUUUUCCC